CAUAAAUAAUCUUUAUUUUUUUUUUAAAUAUGCAUCGUGAAUUUGGGUACAAAUUGUAAACUAUAAUAAAUUUUGAAACAGUUUCCAGAAAGCAAUUCAAUGUACAGGCGUUGCUUGCACACUUCAAUCCGCUCGUUAGGUAAACUUGUUCCGACCAACUUAAAAGGAAAGAAAAAAAGUUCACAGGAAUGGCUUACGCGGCAACUGAACGACCCAUUCGUAGAGCGGGCUAAAAUGAUGAACUACAGAUGUCGAAGUGCUUUCAAGUUACUCGAAAUCGAUCAGAAAUAUGGAAUUAUAAAACCAGGUUCGGUCGUAAUCGACUGUGGAGCGGCACCUGGAUCAUGGUCUCAAAUAGCUGUUAAACAAUCCAAUGCGGAUGGAUUGAACAAUGGUAAACCGAAGGGUCUGGUGAUCGGAAUUGAUCUGUUGCAAAUCUAUCCAAUUGAGCAUGCCACAAUGAUGGGAAACAUGGAUUUCACGAGACCGGAAACACACGACAAAAUUCGAUCUAUGUUAGGUAAUAGGCGCUUGGAUGUGGUUCUUUCGGAUAUGGCACCCAAUGCGACAGGUGUUCGCUCAUUGGAUCAGGAAAACAUCAUCACCCUGUGCUAUUCUGUGCUACGUUUCGCUAUUCUUAUGUCCUCGCCGGAUGCAUCGCUGCUAAUGAAGAUCUGGGAUAAUGCUGAGGUUCCGAUACUAGAGAAAAACAUCCAGCAGUACUAUCGCAUGGUCAAACGAAUCAAACCUCGUGCUAGUCGGAGUGAUUCGGCGGAAAAUUUCAUUCUAGCCCGCGGAUUCGUUGGUGCUGAACAACGGUAGCACUGAUGUUUAGAGGGCAUCUGGUAGAAAAGUGAACCACGUGUAUACUCGCUGACAGUCGCAACAAAACCAGUAAUGGAUCAAACAAAACUCAAGGAACUCGGUAUUAAGUUGUUCGAGAUCAAUGCGUUCAAGUUUGGCGACUUCAAGAUGAA